UAGCCCAUAAGGCGUUUGGUGGCAUCGUCAUCAACAGCGAAAAAACAAAAGACCCAGAAAAAAAAAAUUGUGGCACAGCCAUCGAAGUUAUCAAAAAGAAAUGAAAUGAGUGAAAUUUGAAUGAAAUUAAUUUCAAAGAAAUUUGAAUAAGUCAUUGGCUUGGUGGGAAAAGAAACAGCAAAAAAUUAUAUAAUAUUUAAACAUAAACAAUAGGUUAAAAAAACAACGAAAUGAUGUAAAUCAACAAAUAAUAUGCCGGUAAAAUCUUUUCAUUAAAAGGAUUUGUAUUGCACCAAGUGAGUGAGUUUACAAAGCAAUUAUUUGAGAAAAACGUUUAUCAAGAACGCCAACAUAAAUAACUAAGACUAAACAAUGGAUUGGCUUGCGACGAGUGUCAGUGUUCUGGUGCUGCUGAUGAUGGCUUUUAUGCCAUCUGCCCACAGUUGGAGUGCAAUACCCAGCACACCACCGAGACGAGAUGGACGCCAACAAAGAAACGAAGUUUCGCCAUAUUUAGACUUAGUAUUAUGUCCCAUGCGAGUGGAACCCUGGUCAUGUGCCCGCCAACAGUCUGGACGAAUUUUGGAUGCCUGGGACAAUGAAUUGCAUGCGCAAUGGCAAAAGCUAAAAGUGGAAGCGGAUAUUCAAUUAAAUUCAACGCUAGAAAGAAGAGGCUACAGUGCAUCCGAAAUGGUGAUCAAGGAGAAACCAUCAACGAUUUUAAAGAAAAUCGAAAUAGGAACGAACUACAUGAAGGAAUAUUUAGCGGAAACUAUGGAUGGAUUCCUAGGACGAGAAUAUGACUAUGUGCCAGCUUAUAAUAAUUACAAUGGCUUGCAAAAUGAUCAGCCCAGUGAUAAUAAUACAGUUGACCAAGAUGAUGAAGAGGAAGAUAACGAAGAUGACUCCGACAGAGAAGAGGAAGAAAGUGAAAACAACAACAACACGGGUAGUCUGAAAAAUACCAAUUUCCAAUCGAGUGACAACACUUCCAAUGGCAAUGAAUUCAUUGACAUCGAAUCCCACGAUGGCGAUAAUGAUGAUGUUAAUUAUGAUGAUGAUAGCGACGCAGAGACCAUAGGCCAAUUGAAAAAACCUGGCAAUGGCAAUAAAAGGCAGAAAAAGAAAAAGGGCGAACUUGCCUCACAAGCCGCUAAUCUUUUAAUCGUACAACCGUUGGAGCAUCAAUUAGCACAAGGCCAGCAACAGCAUGGAAACCAACUCGGUGGCCAUAAGAUAAAGGUAAAGCCAUCGAAGCAAAAGAGGCGUAAGCGCAAGAAGAAGGAUGAGGACGUCACCACAGUUGUUGUGGAACAAGAACCUUCAACGGACCACUUUUCUUUGGGUUUGCUGGACGCCCUGUCCGAUUUGGAUGUUCUGGAUGGCGGAGGAAAACACAAAAAGCAUCCAACAAAAUAUGGUAGAAGUAAUGGAGUGACUCGUGGCAAAAAGAAGAAGAAGAAGAAGGCUCUGCAGAAACUCAUUUUGUUGGGCACAUUCCUAAAGGCGAAAAUUGAACUUUUGCUGAAAAUCUUGGGAGCUCAUUUGCAAAUCAAAUUCUUUGCCAUUGCCCUGAUUGGUUUGCUGAUAAAUAUUGCCCGGUUUUGGAUAGAUGUGAAACGUGGUGGAGUUCCACAAAAGGUUGUCUAUGUUGAACAUGCUCAUCACCAGCAUCACUAUGAGGAUCAUGGCGAAGAUUGGAAUGAAUCAGGAGGCGGCUAUUGGAAGAGAUCUCUGCAAACGGAUACCCCGGGUGACGAAUAUGACUCGGUUACCGACAGUUAUCAGCCUAGGCCGGAACUGCAGCAACAGCAGCAACAACAACCCUAUGAUGCUCAAUACUUGGCAUAUCGCAAUCAAUGGCAAAGGAAGUAGACAAACGAUAGCGGAAGUAGUGGUUUAGAGUUAAGCUCCGUAUUAAGCAAGACCAUGUAAUUUUGUUUUAAAAAUUGGAAAUUUUGGUAUUAAAUUGUAAAUUGAAUUAGAAUUAGAUUAAAACAUAUGCAAAUGUGAAAUCAUGAAUGAAAAAGUAUUGUAUGUAUAUAUGUGUGUUACGACAAAAUUUAAAAUUUCAAAAGAAAUUGUGCAAAAGUUUAAAACCAAACAAAAUUUUAAUAUGCCAAUAAUGUAUUUUAAGAAAGCUAUUAAUGUUUCCAACGGUUUUCUCCACAUCUUAGUAAACCGCUUACGAAGCAAAAAUGUUUCUUUCAAAAAAAUUUAGCUUAAUAUUUAUUUAUU